GAGCCAGGAGCAUGCACAUAUUGCAUAUAUUACCGUUCCAUUUGUCGACGCGCCUCGCUGAGUCGCUGCAUCCCAACAUGUCAUCGCGCCAAAGCGGCAAUCUCGCUCUCAUUCGGCUGACCGGGGAGCCUCCUCAGAACGAUCAAUAAGAUGCAACGACGUCAGGCUCGCCUAUGCCAAUGGCGUCUUCCAGUUCCCAGUUCUCACCGAGUCCAAUUUCCAAUGCACACCCCGUUGGGUCCCGUUGUGGAGACCAACAUUGGCCAAAUCUCCCCAGCACGCGCUACUUCACGGCUUGCACGGUUCCUGCAUUCUGCGCAAUGGUCCUUGCUUCUGACCUCCAAUCGACGGACUCGGACACUAACAGCUCUCGCUUGACGGCCCUGGCCUAUGACUUUCACUGGAACCCUGUCCAUGCGUGUGCACGCUCCUCCGAGAGGCUCCACGGCCGACAACUGGAAGCCUGCAGCAUCGACAGGGCAUCGCCUAGCUCUGACUAUGUCGUCCGAACCCUUCAGCAAGUUUGUCAAUAUCCAAGUCGUUUACCACGAUAUGCACCUCCGACAGAGCCAUCGGACCAAACCAUCGGAUACGGCAGCUCGCUCAAACUAGGUAGCAGCAUCUUAAACUUCGGGAAAAAUACAUGCUGGGGUCGCACCGUCGCUCUUAUCUCAAUACGCAAUCAGCCGUGCGACGACACUUCAUGGCCAUGCUAUACUUGGGUCUUGGCUGAAAUGGACCAAGCCUGCUGGCUCAGGGAGCGUUUCACUCUGACACCCGACUGGAAUGGAAAAGCUCCAGAACCACGGAGUUUUCCUCGGCUCGACUCAGAUGACUUCGUAGCUCAGUCAAGACACGGAAUCCAGACCGAGAUGGUGAAUAUUCUGCAACGCCAAAGCCGCAUGUGUCAACCAGUGCAAUCUGUCUCGUCCGCUGAAAAUGUUCACCAGGCCGUUGGUCUUGUCAUUUGAUCGGAGAAACAGUCUCCCGCUCGAAUCCCACAGUAAUUCCAUGUUGAAUAAUCAUGCCACAGGCUGGGUCUUCGUAGCAUUUUCAGGUCCAAAAGAACAGACUCAAAACCACAUCGAUGUGACAGAAUCUUAGAGGAAUGACGCAGCGGGCAUUGUUCUUU